CAAGUUACUUAAUCAAUAAUCAUUCAUACCUCUCUCUCUCUCACACUCUCUCUCUCUACACACACAUUUUCUCUCUCUUCAAACCCUCAUCGUCAUACCUUCCAGUCAAGCUCCACCCAUGGCGUCUGGAUCCUCUGGUCGCGGUAACUCAGCCUCCAAAGGCUUCGAUUUCGCUUCCGAUGAUAUUCUUUGCUCCUACGAUGACUUCCCCAACAGGGAUUCCAAUUCCAAUGGCAAUCACGCCGAUCCCGCCAAUUCAACUAAGGAUUUUCACAAAUCAAGGUUGUCUAGGACAUCUGUGUUUCCUGCUACUUCCUAUAAUCCACCUGAAGAUUCUUUAAGCCAAGAUGUGAUUGCAACUGUAGAGAAGAGUAUGAAAAAAUAUACGGACAACCUCAUGCGGUUUCUGGAGGGGAUUAGUUCGAGGCUUUCACAGUUGGAAUUAUAUUGCUACAAUCUUGACAAAUCUAUUGGAGAAAUGAAAUCUGAAUUGAAUCGUGACCACGGGGAGCAAGAUUCAAAGCUGAAAUCUCUUGAAAAGCACCUUCAAGAAGUUCACAGGUCUGUACAAAUUUUAAGAGACAAGCAAGAGCUAGCUGAGACUCAGAAAGAAUUAGCCAAGCUUCAACUCGCUCAGAAAGAAUCAUCUUCAUCGAGCCAUUCGCAGUCCAAUGAGGACAAAUCUCCUUCUACUACAGAUUCUAAAAAAGCUGAUAAUGCAUCUGAUGCAUCCAACCAGCAGUUAGCUCUUGCCCUGCCCAAUCAAAUUGCCCCUCAGCCUCAGCCUGCAGCAGCCCAGCCCCAAGCUCCUGCUCCAAAUGUGACUCAGGCCCCUCAACAACCUGCCUAUUACAUACCAUCCACCCCUUUGCCUGGCAAUACUCAAACCGUGGCCCAGCUUCCCCAGAAUCAGUAUUUACCUCCUGAUCAACAAUAUCGAACACCCCAAAUGCAAGAUAUGUCCCGGGUGGCUCCACAACCUGCACCAUCUCAGGUAAGCCCGCCUCCACCUGUGCAGCAAUAUCCUCAGUAUCAGCAACCACAGCAACAGCAGCAGCAGCAGCAACAACAACAACAAUGGCCCCAGCAGUUACCUCAGCAGGUGCAGCCUACACAACCACCCUCAAUGCAAUCACCUCAAAUAAGACCCCCCUCGUCACCUGUGUAUCCUCCUUACCAGCCAAGUCAAGCAACAAAUCCAUCAAACCCAGAAACAAUGCCAAACAGCAUGCCGAUGCAGAUGCCAUAUUCAGGGGUUCCACCACCAGGGUCCAGCCGCGCUGAUUCUGCGCCAUAUGGAUAUGGAGGAGGUGGUAGACCAGUUCCACAGCAACCUCCACCACAGCAAAUCAAGAGUUCUUUCCCUGCACAACCAGGUGACAUGUAUGGAAAUAGUGGGAACCACCCUUCACUCUCUCCUCCUGGCAAUGCAUACAUGAUGUAUGAUGGUGAGGGAGGAAGAGCACAUCACCCAUCCCAACCUCCUCAUUUUGCCCAAUCUGGAUAUCCACCAACAAGUGCUUCUCUUCAGAACCCUGCAGGUCAUAAUAUCAUGGUUCGAAAUCCUAACCCGACACAAUUUGUUCGCAACCAUCCUUACAGUGACUUGAUUGAGAAGUUGGUGAGCAUGGGAUUCAGGGGUGAACAUGUGGUAAGCGUGAUCCAGAGGAUGGAGGAGAGUGGACAGCCUAUAGAUUUCAACUCUGUUCUUGACAGGUUAAAUGUGCAUGGCUCUGUGGGUCCUCAGAGAGGAUGGUCUGGGUGAAGAAGGACAUGUCUGGAAUGUCCUGUUUAAACUACAAACUUAUAUGCUUUAUUCAAAACCUGCUUGAAAUCAUUGCGUGUUUUAUGAUGCAUGGAAUAAAGGUUUUAUGUAACUUUCGGUUUAUCAUCAUCGUAUGUAAAUGUCUGGGAUGUGAGGAUUCUCUAGUAUUUUUACAGAAUAUCCAUCACUUGCUCUUUUUUCUA